UGACACAGCGUGGCUAUGAAAUUUAUGAAUGUUUGUUGGUAAAGUGAUAUCUACUCUACUGAAGAGAGAGUAAACCAUCCUGCUUGUAGCAAGGGAGCUAACGUUAGCCAGGCUAGUUUCACAUUUGAAGUUAGUUAGCUUGUUAGCCAACGAAGUUGCUGUCAGUGAGUCUUAAAUCACUUGUGUGUAGACAAACUAUCCAAGUGGUUAAUACAGGCACGAAAAUGAGCUCAAAACCUUUAAAAGAAAAUAACCGUAUGUGGCUUAUGAGCUUGAUGUUCCUUUCUUUGUCUGUCAGAGUCUGUGAAGUCAGUUCUGCAAACAUAAUGUUGGGUCAAAUAACUUUAAAGAGCUGACAACAAAGUGGCUUUUGUGAAGGUCCUGCGAAUGAAUUCAAUCUCAGUUUUUAAGCCAAAAUGGAGGAAAAGUCCAUUAAAUACAGAAAAAUGGAAAUUUGAACAUUUACGUUUCAAUGACAACUGGAGGAGACAAUGUGAUAUGAUGGAAAGCUCCAGAACAGUUACUGAAUGGACCAUGUUUUGUCAGUUGCUAUAUAUUGAAGGUUUAAACAUGGAUUUGCUGUAUGGUCCAUUGAGCUUGGGUGUAGUAGCAGGAGUGGGCUGUGGGCUGUUCCUCGGUUGGCACCUUCGGGGACGCUUCCGUCCAGCAUCCAAAAGCAUCAUGGCGGCGAUGGGGAACGGCACCAGUGAGGCAAGUGUGAUGGGAGAAGGAGGCGAAUUCAAGAUGAUUCUGGUGGUCCGUAAUGACCUGAAGAUGGGCAAAGGAAAGGUUGCUGCCCAAUGCGCCCAUGCUGCUGUAUCAGCUUACAAGCAGGUCCAGCGCAGGAACCCAGAGCUUCUCAAACAGUGGGAGUACUGCGGCCAGCCCAAGGUGGUGGUGAAGGUCCCCGAUGAGAACACCCUGAUCGAUCUGUUGGGUCACGCCAAAGAAGUAGGGCUUCCUGUCAGCCUGAUCCAGGAUGCAGGAAGGACUCAAAUUGCACCUGGGUCUCGCACUGUGCUGGGUAUUGGUCCAGGCCCAGCGGAUCUGAUUGAUAGUGUUAGUGGAGAGUUGAAGCUCUACUAGGGUUCCAGCUUGCACCUGUUGGACUUGCAUACAAUUUCUUUGUUGUUAAAACCAUUUGCAAAGUAAACUAACUUGAGCUACCAUGAGUUUAUAUUUUUAUAUAAGAACAACCGACUCAAUUACAUGUCAUCUACUUGAAUUUAUUGUGCAGUUCUGGGGGUUUUAUAGCAGUAAUAACAGUUUAAUGUGUAUUUCCUCUUCUUUUCUGAAAGCUAUGACCUGGCAUAAACACAGUCAUGCUGCUGUCCUCCACGCCAACCAGUCUGAGACACGAUGCUCACAGGAAACGGAUGAUAAACAUGAAUUGUGUCAAAUAUAAACAGCAAAGCAGUAAUUGAAUAUUAUUGUUGUUGGUCUCAGAAUCACAGCACUGCAAAAUGAUACCGAGCUAUGAUCCCAAAAUAUGUUCUCUCCAUGAUAAAAAUCACAAUCUACAAAAUAAAUUCUGAAAGUUCA